GGCUGUGUACAUUUUGUAUGGGAGUUCCCUAAUAUUAACAGCAGGAGUCACCAUGUGUGGGUGCUGUGGGGAUAGCCCCAAAAAUGAAAAUCCGUCAAGUCCCCCUGUACAGAAAAAUCCACUUAAGAAUAGAGGAUGCACAGAUAUUAUAUUUCUUGUUAUAUUCUUCUUGUUCUGGGUCGGAAUGGUCUACAUUGCAGCAUUCUCAAUAUUGAACGGGGAUGGCUUUAGGCUGCUAUAUGGCUAUGACAGCUAUGGGAACACAUGUGACAGACCCAAUCAGAAGAUUGGAAAUAUCUCUCUCAGUGGCUUAGACAUGACAGGCAAAAAAUAUGUGUUCUUCAUGGAUAUUAAAGAUCCAUUUAACUCACUACAAAUAUGUGUAGACAAAUGCCCAGAUAAGAAGCUGGAUUCCAAACUGGAACUUUUCGACUUUGCUCGGUCAUCAAAGUCCAACCUCUGUAGCUAUGACACCCCCAUUGAGCAUUACCGUAAUAGCACAACAGACAAAAUAGGCCCAUGCCCUGUUUUGCCUGUAUUUAGGAGCCAUGAUGUGUUGUUCCGAUGUGUACCUGCAGUCUUGAAGGAUUUUGUGGAGAGCUAUGGGCAAGCUCUCAUUAACUUCCUAAACGACUCUGAUAUUUUCAAGAACAUAUUACAUGACCUGUUUGCUAGCUGGCCCAUGAUGAUAGCGCUAUGUGGGUUGGCUCUUGUGCUUGCCUUUUUGAUGGUCUUGUUGAUCCGAUACAUUGCUGCCUGUGUGGUCUGGUUUAUACUUGCCCUGUCCAUUGUGGCUAGCAUAGCCUGUUGUGGGGUUCUCUGGUGGACAUUCUAUGGCUACCACUCUCAGAUGAAUGAGGCGGAAAAGACAACCAUUCCCAUACUUAGGAUUGAAGUGGAGAAUGAGAUCUUAUUCCUCAUCUAUUCUAUUAUCGCAACAGUUCUAACUCUUAUUUUGCUUCUGAUAAUUCUUGUGAUGAGGAAGAGAAUAGCUCUAACUGUGGCUCUCUUCCAUGAGGCUGGCAAAUGUAUUGCCUCAAUGCCCCUGAUCCUCAUACAGCCCAUCUGGACCUUCAUUGCCCUUUUCAUUUUCUUCAUCUACUGGGGGAUUGUCCUCGCUUAUCUUUCAACUGCAGGUGAUCCUUACCAAGACCAGGAAACUGGAUUCAUCAAGUACAAUGAGCGUGCCCCAGUGCGCUACAUGUGGUGGUACCAUGUAGUGGGAUUGAUAUGGACUAGCGAGUUUAUUCUGGCCAAUCAGCAGAUGGCAAUAGCUGGAGCUGUCGCCACAUGGUUCUUCACAAGGGACAAGAAGAAACUGAGCUGUACUAUGGGUAAAUCGAUAUGUCGUCUUAUCAGCCACCAUCUUGGAUCAACUGCAUUUGGAGCAUUCAUAAUCACAUUGGUGAAGCUGCCACGUUAUAUUCUCAUGUGGAUGCAACAAAAGUUGAAGGGUAAGACAAACAAGUGUGCUGAGUUCUGUAUGAAGUGUUGUAUAUGCUGUCUCUGGUGUUUGGAGAAGUGCCUCAAGUAUCUCAACCAGAACGCAUAUACUGUCAUUGCCAUAGAAGGCACAAACUUCUGUUCUGCAGCUAAGAAGGCAUUUACAACUCUAGUGUCCAACGUUCUACGUGUGGCUGCAAUCAACAGUGUGGGAGAUUUUGUACUGUUUCUCGGCAAGAUAGCUGUAAUGGCUGCCACAUGUGCAAUAGGAAUGAUCUGGUUUAAGACAAGAGAAGAUCUGAAUUACUACGCUAUACCAGUCCUCCUGGUGUGUGUCUUUGCCUACUUCAUUGCCCACUGUUUCCUAUCAGUAUAUGAGAUGGUGAUUGACAGUUUGCUGUUGUGUUUCUGUGAGGAUUGCCAGAUGAAUGAUGGCACAGAAGGCAAAGAGUACUUUAUGAGCCAGUCUCUUAUGAAGUUUGUGAAGAACAGUAGCGAGGCCAUUGCCCGCUUGCAGAAAAAGAAAGCUGGCACUGACCAGCCAGAUGGUGAACUUGAACAACCUGAAUCAGUUCCUAUGGUAGAGAAAACUGCUAUCUAGAGCCUUAUUUAGAAGCUUUCUUUCUCUAACCAACACUCAUCAUAAUCCAUUGUUGUAUGUGACGAUGGUCCAGUUAUUUUAAAUCUUCAGUACUUUUUAUACUAAUUUUGUAUAUAAUACAGCAUGUGGUGGCUAUAUUUUUAUUUCGCUGGAUAAUAGACUAGUAUUUAUUUAAGAAACAAGCUCAAGACACAUGCAUAGAAGCUAUCAGGCUUCUAUAGGAUUUAUUGGAUGUAUCAAUCUGACAGCACUGAAUUUCGGAAUAUGAAUCAUAUACUGAGGGACAUAGGACAAUCACAUUUGCCUUACAAGACUUUUUCAUUAAAUUAACAAUCCCAAAAUGGGAUGAACAAUUAUUAGAGGCAGUGAGAGUUGUCUGGAAGAUUUCGUAGAACAUUCAUCUCAUAGACUCUGAACUUCAUUCUCCAAAUGUGUUCAUGUAAUCAUGUGGAAAAGAUAUUUAUGGCAAAACUUAAAGAAGAUUUUCUAACUCCACGCUUACCUCACCCUUAUGUGUAUUUAAACUUUCUUGUAUCUCAUCUCAAAAAAACAAUGUUGAAAUGUACAAAGUGACAGAUUUCAUGCUACUUUGACACAAAGCACAGUGCCUUUGCCUUUUUCAAGUUUUUGCCAAUUUGGACAUUGACUUCCAAGAAUAUGACAAUAUAUUUAGCUUGAAUACACCCCUAUAAUGAAAUAAUAUAUAGCAUUAAAGUAUAUAGUAGCAUGACGGCUAAUUGGGAGAGGUGUAGUCAUAUUUCUAUUAACUCCCCUAAAAGUCCUAUUCCCAGUUAUGCUUAAGGUCAAGGUUAUUUAUUUACAAUUUUCACUAACUCCACUUUGAAGUUCCAUCUCGAUUGAAAGUUUUGAUAUUAUUUGGCUUUGAUGCACAGCUACUA